AUGCUCUAUACUCGAACUCUCAAUGGGGUUGAACUCUCCUUCGAUGACCGAGGUCUUGUGUCAGAUGAACCAGCAAUCGUCUGUCUGCCAGGUCUUGGCCAGGACCACCGAGGCUAUCAAUACCUGCUGCCAUACUUAACGGGCAAAUAUCGCGUUAUCAGGAUCGUGUGGAGGGGCCACGGAGUAAACCGUGACCCUGUAGGAAAAUGGACUGUUGAUGAUCAGGCAGGCGAUACUAUUGCACUCCUGGACUCCCUUGAGGUUAAGACAUUUAUCCCAGUGUCUCACUCUCAUGGGGGAUGGUGUGCCAUGGAGAUUGCUGAGCGUCUUGGUAAGGAGCGGGUCCCAGCUGUAUUGCUGACCGAUCUGAUCCUAACUCGUGCUCCGCCUGAAUUUAUUUCUCAACUUCAAAUGACGCAGCAAAGGGACACUUGGUAUCAGGCUCAGGCUGCUCUUAUUAAGGGCUGGCUUGAUAGCACUAAGAAUCCUAGUGUUUUAAACCACUUCUAUAAUGAUGUCGGCGCUCACGGCUUCGAUAGCUGGUCCCAUUUCUGCUGGCUUGUCGAGAAGAACUAUGAGCGCUGGGGCUCGCCUAUGGAACGGCUCGAGACGAUUAGUAACCCCCCUCUGGUUCGCCAUAUCUUCAGUCACCCCAGAGAACAAUCUUAUUUGGAGGCACAUGAAACUUUCGCUCGGAAGUAUGAUUGGUUCAGCUUUGCUCGGCUUAAUGGGGAAUCUCACUUCCCGGUCGUCGAGCUUCCAGAGACAGUAAGCUUGCACCUGGCAGACCUAGUCAAGGAGACAAAGGGCAAAUGA